AUGAGAGCCCCCGACGACAACGUCGUCAUCCCUAUCAACCGUCCAUCAUUUUCCGCAAGCACCGUCGAUCAAGGCAACGACGUCCAAGAUGUGUUAUCCCAGAUCGCAUCCCGUCUCAACCAAGGUCUCCCCGACCGCUGGGAACGUCUCACGCAUGCACCCAUCAGCCAAGGGUCCUCGAGUAUUGACAUGAUAGCCUCCUCUGACCUCGAAUCGAUCAUCCGGUCCUGGGGACUAGACAACGACAUGUUCGACCAGGCCUACCGCGACAUCAAUACGCUGAUUCGACUCGCUGUCGGUGAGGGUGUUUAUAUCGCACAGGGGUUCUCGAACCUUGACACGCAGGAACUCCAGGAUGUCCAGGCGGUCAUGUCGACCUUUCAGUCUAAUUGGGCCUUGGAGCUUCUCUCGCAGCAGCUGCAUCAGGCUCAACCAACCUUGUACAGUGCCAAGCCUGGCACAUCUCUGUUUUCUGCUUCAGACGACGCUCCUGUGUGGCCUGGUCUAUUCGAUCGUCUGCUGCGUCUGUUUAUUGGCAACUCUGCCGAGAAUCGUGAUGUUCACAAGGUGUACAGAGGAGGUUUGCUCGAAGCCAUCCAAAAUGCUACCCUCUCCCGCCGGCAAGGCUUUCACAACAUGCAAUUGACUGUCUCUGAGCGAGGGAUCGUUCCGCUGUUGGAGGAUAUGUUGUCGAGUUGCUUUGACAGAGCAGGCAUCGAGGAGUCAGUCGAGGAGUGGUGGAGGCGUGUCUAUACCGAGGACCAAGGCGAUCCAAUCUCCCUUGAGUGCGAAUUUGCCAGUCAGAGGAGAGUCUCGAUUGUGCCUCCAAGAGACAGGUGCAUCACCAGCACGAAUGUCACGAUCGACAACUCGUACUCUUGGAUCCUGGUUGCGCCGCAUGACAAUGGUCUGUUUGAUAUCUUAUUUAUGGAAGUCGAUCUUGGAAUGGCUUUUGAGGGCUGCGAGCCCGAGGAGGAGGACAAUGAUGAGGAAGAUCUGGGUUCAUGGACGACUCCUGUACGCAUUCCAAUGGCUAUCCAAGAAUCCGGCUCGAUGAUACGCUGGGGUUAUGUCGACUCCAAUGAUGGCUCUUUCGGUUCCGUGCAGUAUUUGGCAAAGUGGGAAUCCUAUCCGAGUCAUGUCAGCAAGGUACUCUUGGAUUUCUUGCGCUUUGCAUCCGCUGCAUCCUAUCUCAAGAUCCCAAUCUACAGGAAGACCUUGUCGCCUCCGUCUUUAUCUCCGUCUCCUUGUCCUCAUCGACAUCCCAUCUUCCAUCAACAUCAACGGCAGCAGCUCCGACUACAAGACGCCAGCACUGGUGCCGUAGUCGCACCCUUAGCCAUGGACCCGUCCUUUCUCGCCCUAAUGGAGUCCAUCAAGUUGUUUGCCGAGACCUGGGAGAAGCUUGUCAAGGUGAUCGGAUCCACGACCUCGACCACCAUCAAGCGCCGCGUCUGUCUCGGUUUUGACACCCUCGACUACAAAGCAAGUUCGAGCGUCAUGCAAGGAGUCGCUCACAAUAACCUCGCUGAACUUGUCGAAGAGGUCGUCGACUUGGAAGAACUCCCCCGCCGAGAGGACAUCAAACACCUCAUGACCGGCAUCAAUUACUCGACCAAUUUCACUUGGCUCGCCGAAUCGAUGACGUUCACCAAUCCCGCCGGCGAGUCGUCGUACUUCUUCUUUUCAAAGUACGGAGGCGAUGGGAGCACUGGUAUGGCUAAUGUGGUGUACAGUGCGGUAAAGAGUAAAUUUACCCUGGCGCCCGAUAUGUUAAUCGUCCGGCGCCAAAAGAGUUCGUGGUUUGGGUUCCGUAAGAGCGAUGAGACGUCGAUUGAGUAUGUGCCGCACACGUUGACGCUGAAUGAUACGUUGGUGUUGGAGAUGUUCUGGGAGAUGGUUGCUUUCCACCAGUUGGCGAUUACUCUUGGAGGCGACCCGCCCAUGUAUCCAGAUCUGAGCGGGUAUUGCGACCGAUCCAUUCCUUAG